AAUCAAAACAGUUGAAACAAAUAUUUCAUACACAAGCUGCUUCAACAGCUUCAUUCACACCAACAUAUUAGUAUAAUUAGAGAUGAUAUAGAUAUUUAUCUAUAAGUUGCUUCAGCAACUUCAUUCACACUUACAUAUUAGUAUAAUUAGAGAUGAUAUAUUAAAAUCACAUUAAAGAUGGGUAAUAAGUAUAUUACUAAUUGAAAUUGAAAUAGAUAAUAGAUGGGUAAUGGAAAUAGAGACAGAGAAAUGCGACACACAGACGGAUACAGUUGAAAAGAGAGGGAGAGAGGAGUAGCAGAGCAGCAAAAGAAAGGAAGGUGGAGGGUCGGCUUUCAGUUUUCACUAUUAUUUCCCCAUCAAAGAAAGCAACCAACACCACAUUACUUACUAUUACCAACAACAAGCACUGCCCCACUCUGUUGAUCCACCAGUCAUGUUACUGCUUCAUACUCCCCAGUCUCCCCUACUCAUUUUCUUCCUUAGGUACAACCACAUUGCUGGAUACGGUGAGCUAAAUUGAAUUUUAGAGCCUGCUAACAAGUUUCUGUUCAAGAGUUUUAGGGCCUGUCCUCUCGCAUUGUCAUUGGCAUCUGCUGAUAGUUAGAUUGUCCUUAUGGGUUCUCGAUUCCCAUCUCAUCAAUUGAGCAGUGGCCUUUAUGUAUCUGGCCGGCCUGAGCAGCCAAAAGAAAAGACCCCGACUAUGAGCUCAGCUGCCAUGCCUUAUACUGGAGGGGAUAUUAAAAAGUCUGGAGAACUUGGAAAAAUGUUUGUUACUCCAAUGGAUGGCUCGAGGUCACGGAAAUCUGGACCUAUCAACAAUGCCCCGUUGAGAACAGGAUCCUUUAGUAGCGUUACUUCUCAUUCAGGUCAACUUAAUUCAGUCAAUCAUAUGACGACUUCUGGUGGUCCUGGAUAUGUUUCUACGAAGAAGACCAACUCUGGGCCUUUAAAUAAACAUGGGGAGCCUAUGAAGAAGUCCUCUGGUCCUCAAGCUGGAGGAGGUACUGUUUCGUCCCGCCAAAAUUCUGGCCCUAUCGCACCUAUUCUCCCUACCACAGGCCUUAUUACAUCUGGCCCUCUAAAUUCCGCUGGAGCUCCUCGAAAAGUUUCUGGUCGCUUGGAUUCAACAGGGUCAAUCAAGCUGCAGAAUUAUUCUGUAGUUAAUAACCAAGCUGUUACUCGCCUUAACAAAUGUGAAGAAUACUCCUUCCGCAAGAGCUUCCCAAAGACAAUACUUUGGUCCAUCAUUCUUUUAUUUCUGAUGGGAUUUAUUGCUGGUGGUUUUAUCCUCGGUGCUGUUCACAAUCCCAUUCUUCUGGUAGUUGUUGUUGUCCUAUUUGCAAUAGUCAGUGUGGUUUUCACAUGGAAUACUUAUUAUGGAAGAAAAGCUAUUGCUGGUUUCAUUUCUCUGUACCCAGAUGCUGAGCUUAGAACUGCAAAAAAUGGCCAAUUUGUUAAAGUUUCUGGGGUAGUUACCUGUGGAAAUGUCCCUCUUGAAUCCUCGUUUCAGAAGGUUUCUAGAUGCGUAUAUACAGUCGCAAGCUUAUACGAGUACCGAGGGUGGUAUUCAAAAACUGCCAAUCCAGAUCACCGUCGGUUUACUUGGGGUCUUCGUGCACUGGAGCGACAUGUCUCUGAUUUUUAUAUCUCUGAUUUCCAGUCUGGAUUAAGGGCUUUGGUCAAAACUGGCUAUGGUGCAAGAGUAACCCCUUAUGUCGAAGAGUCUAUUGUUGUGGAUAUUGAUCAAUCAAAUAGGGACAUGUCACCUGAAUUUGUCAGAUGGCUGGCAGAGAGAAAUCUAUCCAGUGAUGACCGUAUAAUGCGAUUGAAAGAAGGGUAUAUAAAAGAAGGUAGCACUGUCAGUGUAAUGGGAGUUGUCCAACGGAACGAUAAUGUUCUGAUGAUUGUUCCUCCUGAAGAACCAUUUUCAACAGGAUGUCAGUGGACUAAAUGCAUUCUUCCAGCCAGUCUGGAGGGCAUCAUUUUGAGGUGUGAGGACAGUUCAAAGAUUGAUGUCAUUCCAGUGUAGCACUUAAAACUCUGCUGUUUUUGUUUUAAAUAUGUUGGAGAACCUCUUCCAAUGUCAACAAGAAUGGCAUCUUCACUCAGUUAACCAGAUGUAUAGUUGGUCGAUUUGAUUCGAUUUGUUUUUUAUUUUAUUUCUAUUCUUCCUGUAAUGGUGUUUGGUGUCGUCAAGUGUGUAGAGGCAACAUGUUGAUUACUGAGGAUUUUUGAUAGAGUUCUUUAUCACUAGAAAGUCGGAUACUUUUGUUGAUGUUGGGUGCUAUACGAAACAUUAUGUCCCAUCAGAUACAAGAUACGUUUAUUUGGUAUUAGUUAUUCUUUUGUGGCCAGUUGGCCACUCUCAAGGUUGUUCCUCCAAA